CGUGCUGAAAAUUCUGUCUUAUUUUAUGAUAAAAACUUGCCGAAUGGUGAAUGCCAGUGUCCGUUCAUGACGUUAGAGUCUGCCUUGAUGUCUAUAUUAAUAUUGGCGCCUACUUUAUUGUUGAUUAAUGCUCCUGGUUCUUCUCAAUCAAAUUAUGAUGACGAUAAUCAUAUUGGCUAUUAUGAUGCUGAGGAUUAUUUAUCGUUACGGUCACGUCCUUCCUCUUCGAUAAUCCAAGAAGAGGCUCUUUCUGUAAUACAUGAAAAUGUGGAAUGUCAUUAUGUUGGUCGUUCCGAUCAACCUCCACAUUCCCGUCAUCAUACCCGUCUCUCGCAUCAUUCUAAUUCAACCUUUCAUUCUGAGUCUGAGUCGUCUGAAUCAUCCUCGAAGAAUUCCUCAUUAGUAAAAGUUUUGGGUGCUUCUAGUCUCUUGACUAAAAUA